UUACUAAGACUGAAGAUUUCGUGGAUUCUCAUCACAUUAGCUUCAAAAAAAAAUGUUGUUUAUCUCUGAAAUCUUUAGCAUACUAUGACUACCCGGAAAUCAGUAUUGAUGAUACUGAAUCUGAUCCAACAAGAAUACUUUACAGCACAGACAGGCAAAAAUACAACUACUUUGGCAUUAGCCAAGAUUAUGUCGACAGUUUAUGUUAACAGAGCAGACAUAUGUAAUUCAACAGAUCAAGGCCGGAAUAAAAAAAAUUUUGACAAUAAUUUUUUCGAGUCUUCUUUGCAUAAAAGCAGCGUUGUAAUUGCCAGUCACAUGCAUGAUCGUCAAAAUAUGGUCAAUGAAUACUUGAAUAAAUCUGGAAAAUCACUUUAUAAUUUACAAGAUGGUCAAGAAAUACCGUAUAACAAUAUUAUGAAUCUUCUCGAUAAAUGUGUUGUGGUUAAUUUUAAAUUACAUUCAUUACCUGACUUAUCUAAACUAUCAGAUAGAAAAAUACAGGAAUCGACAGUACACACAACUUCGUUAGAAUGUUUGGUACCAGGCGACAUAAUAAAUGCCGAUAAGUUAAAAAAUAUUGAUUCAUCUAUGACGAUAAGUAAUAUCUUAGUCGACGUACCCGAUGGAACAACUAAACCAUUUUUCACGCUUAAUUACACCGAUUGUUAUGAAUAUAACGAUAACGAUCCAGUCACCCUUGAUUUUGUUACUUAUAAAUCGUACCUUCAUUAUCCAACAGAAUCUUUUUAUAAGUUCAACGUUUUCGACGAAAUAGUUAAGCGCAAACAUUACGGAGUUCAUCGUGGAUAUUUAAAUAAAAAUUACAAGUGUUUGAAGAUUACUAUCUGCUCUGAAUUCGAAAGACGAAAAUUGAUUAUUCCGUCUGUGCGUGUAAUUAAUUUGGGCCAACAGACCUAUAAUAAUUCAAUUAUUUUCAACAGUGAGAAUCUCGUCCUACGCUAUACGGAUAACAAUGAAACACACUAUGUUGCUCGUACAGAAAGAGGAAAUUGCUUGUUCCAGUCAUUGAUAUUUCCAAAUGACGACAACAUCCCCGAUGACAAAAAAGUAACUUCGCCACUUUUAUACAUAGGUAAAAUAAUAUCAGCAACCAACAAUCAUGAUCUUGAAGAAUGGACAGAAAGUUUUGUCAAUAAUCUGACGAUAACUCCUUACAAAACUCUUCACGGUGUAGGAAGUAACCCUAAAGCAAGAGCAUCUUUCUUUUCAGAACUUUCUCUUCGUAACGAUGACAAUACUCUUACAAAUAUUUAUUUAGAUAAAUUGUAUUGA